GAGAGUACCGAAGUAACUGAACUGAACCCUACCGCUAAACCAAGCCUGCCCUAAAAAUUGAACAGCGUUCUUGACGGGUGCAGAGCGAGAGUCACCGUAACAUGGGGACCUCAGCGAACGCCGCCGCUGGUGGCCGUGGAAAUCCUGUCGACAAGGGCGUUGACUAUGCGCAGUACUUCUGCACCUACGCUUUCCUCUACCACCAGAAGGAGAUGCUCUCCGAUCGGGUUCGCAUGGACGCUUACUUCAAUGCCAUCUUCGAGAACAAGCAUCACUUUAAUGGGAAGACUGUUUUGGAUGUGGGAACUGGAAGUGGCAUUCUUGCUAUAUGGUCAGCACAAGCAGGUGCAAGGAAGGUAUAUGCAGUGGAAGCUACAAAGAUGUCUGAACAUGCGCGUUCUCUUGUUAGAGCAAAUAAUCUCCAGAAUAUAGUUGAAGUCAUUGAGGGCUCAAUGGAGGAAAUUACACUGCCAGAGAAAGUUGAUGUUAUCAUCUCUGAAUGGAUGGGUUACUUCCUCCUGCGCGAAUCCAUGUUUGAUUCAGUUAUAUGUGCUCGUGACCGCUGGCUCAAACCAACAGGAGUUAUGUAUCCUAGCCAUGCUCGCAUGUGGAUGGCACCUAUCAGGACUGGGAUAGGAGAUCAUAAAAUGGGUGACUACCAGUCAGCUAUGGAUGAUUGGCACAAUUUUGUUGAUGAAACAAAGACCUACUAUGGUGUUGACAUGAGUACUCUAACAAAGCCCUUUUCUGAGGAGCAGAGGAAAUACUAUCUACAGACAUCACUAUGGAGCAAUCUUCAUCCACAUCAAGUGAUAGGAACUGCUGCUAUAAUAAAAGAAAUUGAUUGUUUAACUGCCACGGUGAAUGAUAUAGAAAAAGUCAGGUCAAAAUUCUCGUUGUCAAUAACUAUGGAUAACAUGUUGUGUGGGUUUGGAGGGUGGUUUGAUGUACAUUUUCGGGGAAGAGGUGAGGAUCCAGCAGAGCAGGAGAUCGAGUUAACUACAGCUCCUAGUGUAGAUUGUGGUACACAUUGGGGCCAACAGGUGUUCCUGUUGCAUCCACCCACACAUGUGAAUGAAGGUGAUAAUUUAACCAUUUCUUUCCUAAUGAGUCGCUCAAAGGAAAACCAUCGUCUUAUGGAGGUUGAACUUGGGUGUGAAAUUCAACAACAUUCUGGGAAGCUUCUUGCUCCUUCCAAACAUAAGUACUAUAUUGAAUAACAUUUCGUAUUCCUGAUUGUGAAGACUUCAUGCAUCAUUGAAGGAAUGAUUGUGUGAUCAAAUCAUCAGGGAGAAUUGUAACAACGCAAUUGACGCCAUAUUUAUAACAAUUUUGGGCCUUCUAGGCACUUGGUGGACUUACGAGCAAAUUAUUGUUACGUAAUUACCAGUCGCGACAAGGUUUUGGUUCAGUUUAAAGGGAAGCCUGUGUCCAUUUUUGCUUUAUGUUGUUGUUUUAGGAUUUUGGUUUCGAUGCUUCAUUUCAAGAACAAGAUUUUCCUUAAGCUUUUGUAAUGUAGGCUGAAUGUUUAAAAUGUUGCAUUCAAAAAAGUAUGUUUAGGGGAGUUGAAAAUAUUAUGCUGUAACAUUAGAUACUUGCAGAGCAUUGCUGUAUAUUUUGGGUAAUUUUAUGCAGUUUUCUAUAACGUUUUUCAUGAGUUGCCAAAUACAUAUUGUUUAAUGCGA